AUGUCGAACCCGCCCGCUAUAUGCAUGGACUUACGCAGCAACUCACAAGAAGAAGAUAUCUCAGAUGGUGCAAAUAGGGGAACUAAGAGGAAACACAGUGACGCCAGUAAAGACCCGCCCCAGCUUAGUGUUAAACUUCCCCGCAUGAAUGAUAUCCAAUCACCAACAAAGGAUCGGAAUCAUGCGCGCCUUCCUGUCGACAUUUUGUUACUGACUGUAAAGGACUGUGAGUUCUUAGCUUGUUAUAUGCACCUGAACAAUCCAUUCAGAUGUUGGUUCGAUGGUCUCGGUUUUGUUUACUUCGAGGACGAGAAUGAAGGUCAAGAGGAGAAAGUAAAAGUUGCUUUAUUGCGAUGCCAUGAAGGUUCUAGU